UUCUCUUUUUUAUCAGGUUUACUAUAAUAAACCCUACGAUGCCAUGGCCGACUAUUAUUCUCUUGGUGUCAUCCUGUUCGAAAUGGCCACAGGAGAACCUCCAGAAUCAGUCAGAUCCAGGAACCACUAUCCAAGGAACAUUGACCCUGACCUUCGAGAUGUUAUUGAGCGACUUCUUGCAAAAUAUCCGGGAGAUCGCUGGUGGGCAGUGAAAAGACUACGAGAACACCCCUUCUUCAGAUCUAUUGACUGGAAGAAGUUGGAGGAAGGAAAGGUUACUUCACCAUUGUGGAUGCCAGAAUGCCCAGAAAUAGACACAAAUAAGCAAAUUGACGUGAAGAAACUGAUUCACUACAGAAGAAGAAAUCAGAGGAGAAUUACAGAUGAGCACCAGAGAUUGUUUGAUGGCUUCAGCUUCAUAAGCAGGAAAUGGAGAAAGAUGCUGAAGAGGCAAUGA